CUCCACGAGGGGGGGUAAAGGCCCCCAAAAUAUGCAUACAUGAAAAGACCAAAAAGUAACCGUCACUGACAGGGAGUCUUAAUUGGAGAAGGAAAUGAGACCAAACUGGCGGGCUCGGUGAAAGUGGAGCCGGCAGCGUCCCGGACGAGGAGCUACCUGAAAACUUUUGCUCUUAUGCAUAAAGAUGUCUUUGGUGGACUUGGGGAAGAGGUUGCUAGAAGCAGCAAGAAAAGGCCAAGAUGAUGAAGUGAGAACAUUAAUGGCAAACGGUGCCCCAUUUACCACAGACUGGCUUGGAACAUCACCCCUCCAUCUUGCAGCCCAGUAUGGUCAUUAUUCCACAGCAGAAGUGCUCCUUCGAGCAGGCGUUAGCAGGGAUGCCCGGACCAAAGUGGACAGGACCCCUUUGCACAUGGCUGCAGCUGAUGGACAUGCACACAUCGUGGAACUGCUUGUUAGGAAUGGAGCAGAUGUGAAUGCCAAGGACAUGCUGAAGAUGACAGCUUUGCAUUGGGCCACAGAGCACCACCAUCGGGAUGUGGUAGAGUUACUAAUCAAAUAUGGAGCUGAUGUCCAUGCUUUCAGCAAAUUUGAUAAAUCUGCCUUUGACAUAGCCCUGGAGAAAAACAAUGCUGAGAUUUUGGUCAUCCUUCAGGAAGCAAUGCAGAAUCAGGUGAAUGCUAAUCCUGAGAGAGCCAACUCUGUGACUAACCCUGUGACUAUGGCUGCUCCAUUCAUCUUCACCUCCGGAGAGGUUGUUAAUCUUGCUAGCCUUGUUUCUUCAACCAGCACCAAAACAACCUCAGGUGACCCCCAGGCCUCAACAGUACAAUUCUCAAAUUCUACCACCUCAGUGCUGGCCACCCUUGCAGCCCUUGCUGAGGCAUCAGCCCCCCUCUCCAAUUCACACAGAGCCUCAGCUAAUUCAGAGGAAAUCAUACAAGGAAAUUCUGUUGACUCAUCGAUCCAGCAAGUGGUAGGGAGUGGAGGCCAAAGAGUCAUCACCAUAGUGACUGAUGGAGUCCCUCUGGGUAAUAUCCAAACUGCAAUCCCUGCUGGAGCCAUUGGCCAACCAUUUAUUGUAACUAUGCAAGAUGGACAGCAAGUUCUAACUGUACCUGCUGGUCAGGUUGCAGAAGAGACUGUAAUUGAAGAAGAAGAAGAAGUAGUAGAGAAGUUACCACUGGCAAAGAAACCAAGGAUGGAAGAGAUGACAAACAGUGUGGAAGAAGGCCAGGAAGGCAGAGAAAGAGAGUUACUACAGCAGCAACUCCAGGAGGCCAAUCGAAGAGCGCAGGAAUAUCGACACCAACUCCUAAAGAAAGAGCAAGAGGCAGAGGAGUACCGCCUUAAACUGGAGGCUAUGGCCCGACAACAGCCCAAUGGAGUUGAAUUCACCAUGGUUGAAGAGGUAGCUGAGGUAGAUGCUGUAGUAGUCACAGAGGGAGAGGUGGAAGAAAGAGAAACAGAAGUGUCUAGGUCAGGAGGGACCACAGAGCCUCAUACUGGAGUUUCUAUGGAGACUGUUUCAUCUUAACAUACAAGGGCCAUAACUUGCACUGUGUUCAUCUUGUUCCUCUUUUAAGAAGAAAAUACAGAGCACAAACAUUGUAUUAAAGUUAAGGAUGUCCUUAACAAGAAAACUAUAGCAGGGUACAAUGCCCAGGAAAACUCUGUAUGCAACUGGAAAAUUCAAAGCCAUAUUUAGGGAAUGCUUCUCCUUGGGGACCAAGAGAACAAGGACCAAAUUUCUCAACUCACAUCAUUGCUUUAAAUAUAGAGGUAAAAGUGAUAGAUUUGUGUUGAUUUUUUUUAAAUAACUGACUUUCUAUCAAAAGGUUUUAAGAUAAUACUCCUAGUACAUAUACACCAAAAGCCUUUAGUAAUUAUACCAUCAAGUGACCUGAAAAUUUGCCUUAAAUUUAUGAAACUAAUUAGGAGGGAAUUUUAGAAGCAAGCACUGGGGAAGAGAAAAGGAAUAUAUUCCACUUCCAAAGGAACAGGCACUCCCAUCUAUCCUGAGUUAAUUUCACUGGAAAAAAAUUUGUGAUUGCCUGAUAAAUUUGUGUUCAUACCUCAGAUGCCAGUGUAAGAAACCGAAACAGCUGGGGAUAUAACUCAAUGAUAGGAGGUCCCUAGCAUGCACCAGGUCCUGGAUUCAAUCCCCAGCACCACAAAGAAAGGAAGGAAAAAAGAGAAAGAAAGAAACUGAAAUGGAAUAUUUAAAAACCGGAAAAGAAACUUGUUUAUGUAGAAGAAGUUUAUAAUACCUAAAUUCUCCAGGCUGUAUUUCUAGAGUGCUGGAAGGUGGCCAAAAAGAGGCUGGUGGGGUUAUGAAACUCUUGUCUUGAGACGCUAACUUUGUGCUGACUGGAUUUUAUAAAAUUGCAAUUAGGAGGGUAAUCUGUUGUCAUACAACUUACUUACAAACAUUAUUUAUGUAAUAUCAGGCUCAGACUCUUUAAUUUUAUAAAACUUUGUUAAAUUUAUGUCACUUAGGACACAUUUACUUUUCUGUGGAACUUACAUCUUGUGCGCAAAAAAAGGAGGGUGUCAAAGAGCAAUGCUGAUAAUGUGUAGUUUGUUUUCAUUUGAUUUAGGAGGAGUAAAUUGUUCUGUUUUUGUAAACCUGGGUCUGCUACAGAGCUUUGUGCCUUAUAGGUGCCCAGUGUAUGCUGACAAAGGGAAUACUAUCAGUGCCAUAAAGUAAGGAACCAAAGAUUCUGGCUUAUUUACUUUCCUCCCUUUUUUCCCACUAUGCCUGCUCCCACUGCCCAGAGGCUUUGGAAUGUGUUUCAUUGCUGGGUUUUCUUUGUGUGUCAUCAUGAAGUUUUUUUCAAAAGAGGGAGGGUAUAUGGAUGGAGAGAGAGAGAAAGAGAGGGAGGAAGUAAGAGGGAGAGGUUUUGGAGAGGUUACAUCGCAGAGGUUAUUGCCUUUCAAAUUGGGCCCUCAUCAUUCUAGACUUGCUUGCUUUAUUGUAAAUUAGAAGAAACCAGAGGGAGAUGUGCCAAGCAAAUGACUGUUUAGAAUAUGGUUUUCCUAAUUAGUGAUCAUGGGGAAAACAUGCAUUUUUAAUUUGGAAAAAAAACUUGACAGUUAACAUGGUUCUGUUUACCUUGAUUAGUAAAGUAAAUUGCUACAGUGUUCUGAAGAUGGAGAAUCAUUUUGAGCUCAAAAUAGUCUGAAAAUAAAUUUAACAAACAGAAUUGGCUGUUAGACAUUUGUAAGCAAAAAUACCAGUUUUGAAAUUAACCUUGGCUACUGGCCACCUUAACAGGGUUUUCUCCAUGUAUGUUAAGUAUCCAACACUUCCCAGAUGAUCAAAGAUUGUUCCCCGCUGUUGGGGAUGACAGGGAAAUGCAGUGGAGGAGCCUAGGUAAUGGUAAGGAUGAAAUUGUGGUAUCUGCUGUCAUAUCAUCCUGUUCAUAUUUGCAAUGUUUUUCUUUUUUUCUGAGGCCCUUUGGGAACCAGGUGCUAACAAUAAACUGCUGUGUGGCAUUUCAGAACCUUAGCUUAACUACAGAGGGACCAAGUAUUAUUUUAGAUGUCUUUUGUUUAUGUUCUUGGUGCAUAUAUUGACUUUAAUCCUCCCCCACCCCCAUUAAGGGAGUGGAGGUUAACUGCAGAAAUUAUCUGAGUCCAGUCAGGUGUAGUGGUACACAUCUUUAAUCCCAGCAACUCGGGAGACUGAGGCAGGGGGAUCCCAAGUUUGAGGCUAGACUGGGGAAUUUAGCAAGAACCUGUCUCAAAAUAAAAAAUUAAAAAGGGCAGAACAUGGUGAACAUGUUCUCAAUGGUGAACACCCUGGAUUCAAUUCCACUUACUGAAAAAAAAAUAGUUAUUUAAAUUGAACUUUUACCUCAUUCUCUGGGCUAUUUAAUGAUUGGAAGUAGAGAAUAUCCAUCUAGUGCUCCUUUCUGAGCAUACAAAGUCCCACUUUUGGGGGGAACUGUUUAGGAAUUCUUAUUACUCUUUUUGUGGAAUAUAUCUUCUACUCCUCUCCCAAAGUCUCUAAUACAGUCAAGUCAUUUAAAAUGAUGAUGGGAGUCUCUGACAUGGGGGUUUCUUAGUGGAGAGGCUGGGAUAGGGAGUGAGAGAAAGGAAAUGUCUGAAAAGGGGUGGGAAGGAAAAAAGUAUUCAUUUUUAUUUACUUGGAAUAGUCAUAUUAGCAUGCCCUAGAAGGGGAAUAGAAUUUGGUCUCUGGUUAUAUUGCCAUGAAGAGAAUGGUCAGGAUGUUUGUUUGUAGAAAUUCAGUAUUGAAUGGAGUACUACAAUACUACAAUACUAAGUCAGGAUUUUUUAUAUCUUUCUGGGUCAUUCAUAGAAGUUAGGAAAAUGUGAGUUAGCUCUUUUGGCUUAGGGGAUUACAAUUAGUUUACUGGCAAGGUUGGAUUAUGGAGAAGUAACAGGUGGUUCAGAGUUGGUCCUUGAGCAGGAGAAAUUUGGAGUUGAGGAUAGUUCUCUACAAUAAAAUGAAGCUAUUUUAGUGCUAUCAGUAUUAAAGUCAAGAAUUUUAGAACCUACAUUUACAUUUUGGUCUUAAGUCUUUUCCCAAAAAAGAGAAAGAAUUGUAAAACUUCUGUUCUUGUUCCUAGCUUCAGGGAAAUUAAUUAUAAAUAUAUAAAUAUGCAUUCCCUUCCCAUCACUACCUCUGUGGGAUCUCUUAAUUGUAAUGCCAGAGUUGAGAUCCCUUGAUUGAAAUAUGGAAAGACUUGGCAUUAGGGUUUUCUGUGUUUUGAAUUUUUUUUUUUUUUUUUUUUUUUUUGUGGUGCUGGGGAUGGAACCCAGGGCCUUGUGCUUGUAAGGCAAGCACUCUACCAACUAAGCUAUCUCCCCAGCCCCUGAACUUAGUUCUUAAAGAUGUUUUUUUCCUCUGUCAGAUAUACAUUUAUUUACUUUGCAUUCCUUCUUCUUCAGUCUUACUAUUGCAUAAUUAAAAUUUUUGUCUGCUUGGUGAUGUUAGGAAUCUCUGUAAACAAAAUGAUUAUUCUUUCUUUAUAUUAAUGUUAAAGGAAUGAAACCAGGCCUAGUGGUGCACAAUGGUAAUCCCAGCGACUCAGGAGGCGAAGGCAGGAGGAUGGCGAGCAAAGCCAGCCUCAGCAAUGGCACUAAGCAGCUCAGUGAGACCCUGUCUGUAAAUAAAAUACAAAAUAGGCUGGGUAUGUGGCUCAGUGGUAAAGUACCCCUGAGUUCAAUCCGCAGUAAAAAAAAAAAAAAAAAAAAAAAAUGAAUCUCACAGGGCCCUCCAUUUGAAGUUAGGUAUUAUAUGAUCAUGAUAGUUUUUAAACCCUUUGCUGGACAUACGUUAGUGUGUACGUUUGUAAAUAUGUGUGUAUUUUCCCAUUUUCUCUUUGUUUAUUUGAGGUUCUGCUCUAAAGUACCAGGUAGAACCUGGAAAACUUUUUAUUUUAUUAAACACAUAAGAGAGGGUUUCUUUGGGUUUGCUGAGUGCGCUGGGGAAGACAAAGCAUUACUUUGCCUGCUUCUGAGAGAUGUGCUUUAAUCGGCAAAAAGAGAAACCUGAGGGGUGAGGCUCCAGGGAGAGCCAGCGCCUGGCUUUAAAGGGAAUUUGCUUAGCAGGUAGUGUGAUGACAUCAUGUAUGCUAAAAGGUUCAGAGCUGAAUAGGGCUAGAAAUGGAACUACCCCUCCACCAAGUAGGCUUCCUUCACUCUGUGGAAGCUAUUUUGACUGACAUUUAUAAAAAAAAUCUCAUCCCUCAGUGGGGGGGGGGGCACCCAGAUAAAGAGUCAUGGCAGCAUGGCAGAAGGAACAGAUAUUCUAUAUAUCCACUUUCCUAGUUUAGAAAUCUUAUGUUGAGAAUUGAUCUUCAUUUUGAAAAGCUUAUGUGACUCUCCUAACAACAUUAGGGACCUCUAAAACUAGAAGAUUUGAAGCAUAUAAUGAACCCUUCCUAGAAGUUUAAUACUGAGUGGGAAUCAGUUUUUGUCCUAAUUUAUUAGAGAACAGCUUCCUAUUUUCCACUCCUGUCCAGACCCAUCUCUGAAUGACUAGGAAAGGAGCUUUAAAAUGGAAUGCAUGUCAAGUCCACCUGUAUGAACUCUAUCUAGACUUCUUUCAGUCUUCAUUUUAUGUGAUGAUUCUUUCCCCCUUCUGAGUUAGUACUCAUUUCCUAUGCCAAUUUAUUUAACAAGACAGCAGGAGCAAGAAGGAUAUGAAUUAGAAUUAAAUAACUUUGAGCCUCUGGUGCAGCCCUUUUUAAUUUUUUAAAAAAUUUAACCUCUCUAGGACUACAGGAUAGGGUGACAUUCCUAGACUCUACAGUAGCAAUUUGUUAAUAGCAGGAAAUUGUGAUUCCCUAUCUCUCUUUCCCUCCAUUCCUCUGCCCCCACUGCACUGCUUCUGCUUCUGUGAAUCCAUUGUUCUUAUCUCAUUAAGUCUUUCCCAGGGACUAGAACUUAAUUAGUAGGUCAUUUUUAUCCUUGGGCCUUAUCUUUUCUCUCUCCACUCCCCUCCCUACCACAUAUUUUGUUUAUUCUGAUGUAGUUUGUUUGAGAAUUAAUCUAGGUCACACCCUCUAUUUAAUUGCGCUUUCCCAUUUGGUUUCAGGCAUCUGGCUCUAUCAACAAUAAUGGUAGCAACUCUUCCCUGGCUUUGCCCCACAUGCUUUCCUUCUGCCAAGGCCAUUUGGUGGGGGGCAGCAGGGAGGAGUGCCCCUAUAUUCUUUUCACAAGGUCCUCACUUUUUCAGAUUGUCUGACAGCUUUAUGUACAGCAUGUUUUUAGGAAAACUUAAAAAUAGCCUACUUUUUAAAAAUUUAGGAUAAAGAAGAGUUUGAUUCUAUGAGGAAGUUUGUGUGUAUGUGUGUGUAUGAGCAUUUAUGUAUAUAUAUACAUACCUAUACAGAUCUAUACUAUAUAUGCAAUUUUUGUACUAUCAUCUAAAAUAAAGAUGUUUCUUA